AUGGAUGUGCCUGCGGAGUCUCGCAGUGAUGAACCUGGAGUUUUGAAAGAGGUUGACUGCUAUAUAUCCCCAGCUAUGCAGAAGCAAAUCCUAUUGCUUUUGUAUAAAAAUCGAGAGAAUUAUCACACACUAGAUAAUGAGUCAAUUAAAGAAGCUCGUAUUAAGCCGAAUCUUGAUUUGCUUGAAUUUGUUGUUGAGGAUGGGCGGAGUUCUUUUGUUGAGUCUGUUGGGGAGCAGAUAGACACAUAUUUACUUCGGUCAAACACCGUCGCAUUUCCGAGGACGUUACUUGGAUACUUUGUCAAUGAUGAAUGCCACUUUAUACCGCUUAAACGAGACGCUUUGGUUUUGGAUACGUGUAAAGAAGCAGCUAAAGUUGAUAAGACAAACCAGAAUUCUGAUUCAUCAACUUCAACUCCUGUGGGUCCCGCAGCAUUCGUUUCUGCCCGUCUUAGGACUGCUGAUGCAAUUGCACUACGAGGUCCUAUGGCGAGUCGUCGUAAGCCUGCAGAUAGUGAUCCUGAUGUUAUAUUUCUGAAACAACAGGUCCAAGCACCAUGGUGCCCAGUACACUACAAACGAUUUAUUCCUAGUGAAGCCUUUGAAAGGCGUAUUCCUUUAUUAUAUCCAAAUGAUGAUAUGCCAGAAUUGACUAGAAAUCGUGUAACAGGUCCAAGUCAAGAAGAAUAUGUGAACAAUUUGUUAGCUUCAGUAACACCACAUGUCGUUGAUCGUAGUCGCACGGAGCCUGUUAAACUGCCUACUUUGGGAGAACUCAUUCAAACAAUAAUGAUAAAAGCACAACUUAUUCGAUUCGACAAGUUAGUUAUUUGUUUACGUGAACGCUUCAAAGAUCCACAUUCAGUUACUAAUACUAGUGUUUUGCAAUACUUACCGACAUUUGCUGUUCUACUCCGCGGAUGGUGGGUCGCUAAAAGUGAAAUACUUUAUCCUCCAAAUUCAUUCAGUGAACAUAGUGGUACACCAAAUACACUAUUGAUUCGGGCACGUGAUUAUAUUAUGGCUGUAUUUCAUCGCGGUGAACAUUUAACUCGUAAAACUAUUUCAUGUAUGACUAAAGUGCCUACUGUUGAGGCUACAGAAAUACUGAAAUCUUUAGCUUGUAAAAUGUCAACUACUCAGAAAGGUUGUGCAAAUCAUUGGAAUUUUAUCCGACCGAUUAUGAUUUUAUCAAAAAGUAAAUACUUAAUUAUUCCGCUUCUUUUUUGUUUUAUUCGUUUAACACUCGUCUCCUCUACGUCGUCGAAGUUAAAUGAUGCUUAUCAAAUGCACGAGCCUUGCAUAGUUACCGAUUGUACGUCAGUUGAUUAUCAACAACAUAUAUGGCUUUGUAAAAAUCUUAUGUUUAGGGUCAAAUAUCCAGAUAUUGUACAACAACAACAGGUUGCUUGGGAAAUUCGCAUUCGUCAAUUAUGCACACAAUUAAAACUAGAACAUCUUGUAUCGGAUGGAGUUCGACGUAAACGUAAUCCUGGACAACAUUCUGGUGAAAGUGGUUCAGAUUCUGACACUGGCUUCAAAUCACUUGUUUCAGGAGUACAUAUUUCAACCCCAAGUAAAAAUACAAAUCGUAAACGUUUACGUCAAUCAAGUGUAUGUCAUACAACAGAUACUGAUAAAGAUGCCAAUAAUUCAUUAAAAUCACCUGAUCGGAAACGUGUACGAACUCAAAGUCUUUCAUCGAGUUAUUCUUCUGGUUUAUCAUCUCCUCAUUCUACUACUACAAAAUUACCUUGUCUUCAAACAGAUGUUGUAUCGUCAAAAUUUUGUAUACCUACUAGUCCACCACCUGUGAAAAUAAAUUCUCCGAAACUAAAAGUAAAUAGUACACCUAUUUCCUCAGAUCUUCCUGAUAAUUCAUCAACUACAUUAGCAACAAAUUCAUUUGAUAAUCAGACAGUUGGUUGCAAACUGGAACCUCCUACUCCUGAGGAUCCUGAUCCUGAUCUCCCUACUGCUGCUGCUGCGGCUAGUGUUACUGAUUCAGAAAUGAAUGGACUCAAGCUUAAACGUUCACCAUCAUCCCAUGAUACAUUUCAAUCAGCUAUCAUGGACAACGGUCACAAUGAUACCAAUGGUAACACUGAAUUAUCUAGUCAAACAGAUCUUAUUAGUAAUCAUAUUGGUUUACCGUGUACACCUUUACAAUCUGUUAAUGAUACUAAUAUAGACAAUAACGACAGUGUUUUAAAAUUUGACAGUGACAAUGAAAUGCCAGAAUUACUAAUGAAUAAUUCAAUUAAUUUUGUAAAAAAUGUUUUAAAUACUCAACCAAUUGUAGCAUUGUCAGCAUUGACAAAAGUCUAUCAGCAACAGUUAGGUAAUUUUGAUGCAAAUUUCUAUUCUACACUUUGGAAGAAUAGUCCACCACCUCCUCCAGGCUCUGAAAGUGAACGUGAAUUGUUAAAAACGUAUCUUUUGAAAGUUUUACAAACAAUUGAUGCACGUCAGUUAACAGUUUGUUGGCCAACUAUACCAACAGCACUUGAAAAAGAACCAUUAUUUGUAAUAAAAGUAGCUGGUCCAGAAUGUGGAGCUGUCAGUGAAUCAAUAGCACAAUUCCGUGAUAUAAUCUUAGCACUUUAUGAAUCUUUGCCAAGUUUCAAAAUGAAAGAUUUACAAGAAAAAUGCCCAAUCUUUCCACCAAAAGGCAUGUCUGAAAAAGCUAUGCGAACAUUCAUUAAACAAUACUGUAUAUUCAGACAUGGGAGAUACUUUCUACGUUGUACUGUUUCUGACGAUUAA